GUGAGUCAAUUAGAUCGUGGACAAAAACGGAACCCAUUUCCCUUUAAUUAUCUUUGUAAUAGGUGAGUUAGCCUUCUUGUUACUUUAUGUUUUAUAUACCAUUUUGUAGCUCGUGAAAUUCUCUAUCGAAUGGUGUAUAAUAGUUGGGGUUUUAUUUGACUAUAAUAGGAAAAGUUUUUUACGAAAGCGGGGAUAGGUCGAUUCUCGCAUCGGAAGGCAUAGGGAGAAAUGACUGUUUUUCCAAUAACUCAGCAACGGCACGGCCAAUCAUUCUCAUCUUCGAACUCGAUCGAGAUAUUGUUGAGAUUAAAGUGUGUAGAAAAUAUCAUCGCAAUCGGACUCUCCUUUCAAAAGUUAUCGUGUAAACGGCCGGCCGGACAUACUGACCGAUUCUAGAGUGUACUCACUUUUUGAGUACACAAAAAGUACGCGUAAAAACGCGUGAACUUCGAGUUAUUAACGCAUAAAAACGGGGAAAAAAUCUACAUAUUUUAACGCUUGAAUAUUGUAACGCAUUAAAACGCGUUCAAAAAUCGUAAAAACGCCGUAUUUACGAUAGGUUAUCGUUAAAACGCCGUUUUAACGAAAUUUUUACGCGUUUUAACGCGUUUUUUCAAGAGGCUUGUCUGACUGGGUAGACUCUUCUCUUUUAUACUAUGAUAUAAAACAAAUAAGAAUAUUUAUUUAUCUACAAUUAAAUAAAUACAUAAGAACUAUUUUUAUAUUUCGACCAAUUUUAUUUAACUUAAUUGAAUAUAUUAUUAUUAUUAUUAUUUUUAAAGACAACAUCAUAUUGACAUAUAAUAAUAUAAAAUUUAUUCAUUUAUUCAAAUAUUUUUUUUUUCUCUCGUAUUAUAUAAUUAUAUGAAAUAAAUAAAUAUUUAGUAAAAUAGUUGUUAGUUGACCUAUUCAAAUAAACAAUUAAUUAACAUAUUAAAUAAAUUAAUAAAAUAAUAAUAUUAUUUAUAAAAUUUGUUAAAUCUAAUUGAAUUGAAAUCAUAUGAAUCAUAUUGAAUUUUUUUUUUUUGUUUUAAAUAAAUAAAUUCUAGGUACAAAUAAUACAGUACGAACGACUCGAAUUCGAACUGAAGAUAGUAAAUUUUUAACAACUAUUUCAACAAUAUCAAAAAUAAAUAAUUCGAAUGAGAAUCAAGAUAAUAUUCUUAUUAAUAGAAAUGAAAAAAAUCUUUUUUUUGGUCAAUCAACAAAUAAUUCUAUUAAACGAACACUUUCCGAUGACUCAAAUUGA